ACAUUAUUUAAUCCUUAUUAGUUCAUUUUAGUAAUUCGGUAUAACUAUGCCAUUGAAAAUGGAUGGGUCAAGCUUGGGUUCUAACAUUUAUGAGAAGAUUGACUUGGUUAAUAAAUUUUCUUAAAUUUUUAUAUAUUGAACUUGUUAACAUUGAAAAAGAAAAAAACCCUAUAAAACAUGUGUUUGAAAGAAAAAGAAAAGAAAAAAUUCUAUCAUGAAUCUAUUCAGGUUUAUAAUCAAACAUUAUUAUUGACUCAACUUUAUUCUAUAUUAAGGAAAAAAAAAAAAAAAAAAACUUUAUUCUAUAUUAAUUAAUAAACAAUAAGCACCCGAGCAUAAUUUAAACGAAUCCAAACUGAUACGUUGAUGAACAAGACACUCGCGUAGUUUGAUUUCCCACCGGUCAUUUCCUCUCAGGAAAUGAAAAACAAUUCCCCCAUUAAAGAAAGAGAGAGAGAGGGAAAGAGAUAGAGAGGGGAAAGGAAAAGUCUUCUUCCCCUCAUUUCCUCCUAAAUCAUUCUGUUUUUUUUCCUUCUGAGAUAUAUCUUCCCAUUCAGAAUUCAUGAAAUUGCAGAGCGUUACUAAACUCAUCGAUUCUGAAAUACAGUAAUUAAGUCAAUUCUAUCACAAUCCCAUUAAUUAUUUUUUGUAUUUUCCACAAGUGAACUGAAUUGAAUUGAAUUGAAUUUAUUAUGAGAAACGUGGCAUGGCCGAUACAGAGAAUUGAAUGGCCAUGACGAGCUUUUUCAGAGUGGUUACAUACGAUUUUGGGUGUUGUGGAAGCAAUAAACAACAACAACAACAACAACACUCACUCACUCACUCACAUGCGAGAGAGAGAUGGAUGAGUUGCCUGGUGCUUUGGGGACGAGUGCCAGCUUGACUCUGCGAUUGGGGCAGACCGUCUUCUCCAUUGCUUCUCUUCUCUUCAUGUGUUUGGAUGUUGAGUUCUUCAAUUUCACUGCUUUCUGCUUUUUGGUAACAAUCAUGGGUUUAGUGAUUCCAUGGAGCUUGACCUUGGCACUGGUGGAUGCCUACUCUAUCUUUGUCAGACGUCCAGCUCGUCAACCAGGAAUAAUAUCAAUAAUCGUUAUAGGAGAUUGGGUUCUGUCGUUUUUGUCACUUGCCGCAGGCUGCUCAACAGCUAGCGUGACUGAGGUCCUGAUUGCUUCUGGCAGGUCCUUCUGUGGUGGAAAGUUAUGCAACAGAUAUCAACUUUCAGCUGCUAUGACCUUCUUGUCUUGGUUUCUAUCACUUGCAUCCUCUCUCUUCAAUCUCUGGCUUCUCCCUUCUUUGUAGUUAGUAUGAAUCUGUCUAGCUAAUGCCAUCUAUAUAGAAAAGAAAUCAAAUCAAAUGGGUUACACAGAAAAAAUCUUGGUUGCUUGGGCUUCAAUAUUGUAGGGUGAGUGUUCAAUAUACAGCUAAUUCUUCUGACAAGGAUGGUGGAUUUUGAGUAUAAACGAGGGAAAUAAAGUCAGGGUCAGUUGAAGAACUCAACUUAUUCCUAAAUAGAGAUUAAAAAUGAUACCAUGACCUGGGGGGUUGCUUCCUAAUUCAAAACCCAAAAAUUAGGGUUAGAAAGAUAAUGUACUAGUUAAACACUUCGAUUAUUUAGGUGAGGUCUUAAAACACUGAUUUACCUUCAUCUAUAACAGAGACUAUAUUUCCCUAUAACUGCCUCUAUUGCUACCAAUUUGCUACUAACUCUUCCUUUGUUGCUCAGUAGUACUUCACCACACCCCUAUUUGAUAUGAGCACAGUACUGUGGAUCUGCACUUUCUUCUUCUUCUUCUUCUUAGCUGUUGUUAGCAACUAGUGCGACGGUUUACUAGCACGAUAUGAGAUUGUUGAACUUGUUUAACAAGUAAGCAAGAUCUGAAGUUUCAUUGGGAAGAAAGCAGCCUUUUUUUGUGGCAACCAGGUUGUGUUUAACCAGAAAUUAUUCCAUUCAAGUCGAGUCACUUGGGCAUCACAAGCAAGAAAAAGUUGUGACUCACCCUAUUUUGGUUCAAUUUUCAGACAAAGGAUGAAAAUCAGUAGGGUGGUUUUUGUCUUCCCAUGUAAAAUAGAUCCUUUGGAUAGUGAAGAAUUCCUGAAGAACUAUGCAGAAUGCCAGAUUCUAAACCUGAAUCUUAGGGUUUGUCCAAGUAAAUUUGAACCGGCUCAUUCAUAAUUUCUAUUUUUAAUUUUAUUUUCUGAAAAUAUUUGGCUCA